AUGUCAUUGAUCGAUUUACGCUUACUGUUGACCUGUCAACUUUACUGUAGUAUGGAAGGUUUAGGAUCAAAUGAUGAUUCAAUUAUCCGAAUAAUUUGUCUUCGAUGUGAGCUUGAUUUACACGACAUACAAGAAAUGUAUGAAAAAUAUUUUUAUAAACCAUUAGCGAAAACAUUACAAUCAGAAACACAUGGUGGUUUUAGAAAAUUAUUAUUAAUCUUGCUAAAUUGUGAAUCAUUAUUAGAUACAGUGAAAAUUUCAAGAGAUAUUUAA